UUGAUUUUCUUUCCAUGUUUGCUGCUUUGUUUGCUUUUGCAUGAUAUAGAGAAACACAUACAAAGGGGAAUCAUCAAAGAUUUAUAAAGUGGAUCGAAGGCAAGGGAAGAGGCCACUGCCAUCCGAUCAUGAAUCGGAAGAGAAAGAGGAAGCGGUAGCUGACCAUUUCUUUCCUGUCUACUCGGCUAGGUCUCAACAAGACAUGAACGCAAUGGUUCAAGCCCUAACUCAAGUUAUUGGAAACAACAACAACAGCCCACUUCUUCAACAUCAUGAGCAGCAAAACCGAUCUGACACAGCUGAUCAAAACCAAUCUCAACAUCAACAAGCUCAAGAUCAAGGAAACGCGAGGAGAAGACACUAUAGAGGAGUAAGGCAAAGGCCAUGGGGGAAAUGGGCAGCUGAAAUAAGAGAUCCAAAGAAGGCCGCUCGCGUUUGGCUUGGAACGUUUGAAACAGCUGAAGCAGCUGCCCUAGCUUAUGAUGAAGCAGCUCUUAGGUUUAAAGGAAGCAAAGCAAAGCUUAACUUUCCAGAAAGAGUUCAAGCAAUAUCGGAAUCAGGUUAUCUGGCAACUAGCCAAGAAGUGGAACGGGCGCCGCCGGCGGCGGCUUUACUUCUUCCUCCACCUUCUCCUCAUCCAUCAUAUCCCAAUAUUUCUCAGUACGCACAGCUUCUUAGCGGAGGUGGCAAUGCUUUAGACUAUGGUUUACCAGCUGCUGCCUAUGGCGCAGCAUUGCCAGCUUUUACUUCACACCCCACAACUCUAUCUUCAUCUUCCACGAUGAUAUCAUCACAACAACAACAAGAGUACUUCAGUGGGUUUUCACAGCAGUUCGGUGGUUCAUCUGCAAGUUCGGAUCCACCUCCUAAGAACAGGAGAGAAUAUCAUGAUUAUUACUAUUCAAGAGAAUAGUUAAUCGACUGCAUGCAGGUUUGCUUUACUUGGGAGACAAAACUGUUCUUGUUGGUUUUUUUUUUCUCUUUUGCUUGCAUUUAUUUUCCUUAAUGCUUGUUCCAAAACCCCUUAUCAACCUUUGGUUUUUCAAGUUUUCAGCAAUUCCAGAAUCGUUUGUUUGAUGAAAUCUUCAGGUGUUUUCAGUUAUAGUAGUGUUCAUGUUCUCGUUUAAAAAAAGAAAGGGAAAUAUAACAUUAGGUUAGAACUUAGAACAUAGAAAAAAAAUGAAGUGAAAUCAAGGUGAGAAGUAAAAUCAUUAGCACUAGAUCGAUGUGAGAGUACAUCCUUAAAAUUAUUCGAGAAUAAAAUUAAAUCCGGACUAAAAUUUAGAAAUACCGUGAUUAUAUUAUUAAAAAUAAUAUAGUAGGAUUCCUUAAACCUGGACGAAAGCUUAGAGAUUAUCUGAUUAUAUACUAAAAAUAAAGAUGGAAGUACAUUAACUUCAGUUUCUUCACAUGCAAGAAAUCUGUAGAAUAAAUUCGGGUGGCCUAACUUUUUUAGUCGGAUCAUAAAAAAUUAAGGCACUCCUAGAAGAAUUGGUGGAAGCUACUGAGCUGCUCCAUACGUAAGCAAAGUGUUUAAAGUUUAAUUACUAUAUAUAUAUUGUUUACAAAUGAAAAAAAAAA